AUGUCCGUGGCUCGGCUACUUGCCGAGGGUGCUAAUUUAGGGCCAAAGGGGGCUAAGAUGGAUGUCCCUCCGGCAUUGAGUUUCUCGGAUGAGGACAAAAUUGGGACCAUCCAGUCACAUGAUGACGCUUUAAUGACCACGCUUAGGAUCAAGGGGUAUGACGUGAAGAGGGUAAUGGUGGACCAGGGCAGUGCAGCCAAGAUCAUGUACCCCAACUUAUACAAGGGGCUGAACUUAAGGCCCGACGACUUGACAGCCUACGACUCUCCUUUGGUGAGCUUUGAUGGGAAGACUGUCAUCUUAAAGGGUCAAAUCAGACUACCCGUGCAAGCGGGUUCAAAAGUGGUGGAAGUAAACUUCAUCGUGGUGGAUGCUUAUUCCUUCUACAUAUCCAUUGUAGCCAGACCCUGGUUUCAUGCCCUGGAGGCCUUCUCUUCCACUCUGCACCAAAAUGUGAAAUAUUCGUCGGGAGGUCGCAUUGAAGAAAUCCAAUUAAAAGCUUCGGAGUUGCCUAUCAAUGGAUCAGUCGAGGAGGCCAAAUGUGAAAAUUUAGAAAAGGUUGUUAUAGGUGACGAUCCGGAGAAAUUCUUUCAGGUUGGGCCUCAGUUGCCUCCUAAAAAGAAGGAAGAGCUAGUAGAAUUUCUUAGUAGAAAUGUUGAUUUGUUUGCAUGGGACGCUUAUGAAGCCCCGGAGGUGGAUCCAAACUUCAUCUGUCAUCAUUUAAAUGUUAAUCCAUCCAUCAUUCCCAAAAAGCAGUCACCUCAGCGUCCGUCCAAGGAACAUGUAGAUGUUGUUAGAGAUGAGGUGAUGAAGCUUAAGCAGGCAGGGGCUAUCAAGGAAGUUUUCUAUCCUGAAUAG